GGCAUUAAUGUUCUACACUUAGUAGGAUGUCUCUUUAUUCCGUCCGUCCAGUGACUUGCUUUAGUUUCGGGGACAGAUGCGCCCCAUCCAAUAUGGCAUACGUGCUGAAACGAUGGGCAGCUUCCGGCAAUUUAAAUUGAGCAACAGUGACACCUAUCGUUAAGAAAGGGAACAUGCUUCUGAAGUCAAACGUGUAAUCACGUGACAUCGAAACCCCGCCCUUCAUACGUCAUCGUGCUAAAAAAAAACAACACGGAAGUUGCUCCGAACUUGGCAACGAGAAACUGAAAGACAAGGUGACGUCUUCCAGAACACAACCUCCAAAAAUGGCACUUUGCUGACUUUUAUUAUUAUUAUUUUUUUUUUAAAUAAAACGUUUGAGUGUCCACGAUGGUGCACAUCCGCAGCCUGAUGCUUUUUUGCUUCGCUGCUUGCAGCCGGUCACGUCUGGUGCUUUGUUUCGACCACUGUGGGCAUUCCUUUCAAGUGUUGGACAGUGACGUGGGAGAGAUCAGGAGUUCUGCUUACCACACUUACUCCUACCGUUUUGGUGCCACGAAUGAUUGCUGGACCAUUAAGGGUUCGGUGGGGGAACCGGUCGUCCUCAGCUUCUCCCAGUUUUCGGCUCGGUGCAGGAAGGAGUGGCUGUCGGUCAAAUCGUCCGCUGGGGGCGCGCCGCUCGUUCUGUGCGGCUCCAAAUUGCCGCCGCCAGUUGAAUUCCCGGGCGGGAACAUCACAGUGGUGCACCAUUUCCUGCCACACAUAUAUCCCGUGUCAUCAUUUCGCUUGAAUUACGCCAGAGUUUCAGACUCCGGCGAAUGCCCCGUGACGUCGUUCGAAUGCCUGGGAGGCCGUUGCCUGCCCCUCUCGUGGCGCUGCAACGGCCAGGUGGAGUGUCUCGGGGGAGGGGACGGCGCCGGCACGGACGAGGAGGGCUGCGGCGGCGAGGGGACGCCGCCGGGGACGCAGGAAUACGGCGAAACGGCCGAGAGGAACGGUGCCGGGGACUUUGGGAUUCAAAGUCCUGCUGUGAAAAGCCACAAGGACGACAGGACAGAUGAGCUGCUGGCCUUGUUGAAGGCGAGGGAGGACAAUGAGCUCCACAGGGAGCCCGUUGUGACGCCCGCUCCCGCCGAGUGGCCCUGUGGAGGACUUCUCCGGACCUUCUAUGGGACUUUUUCUCCUCCGGCUCUUCGGGGCCCCCCUUUACUAUGCGUUUGGACUCUGGACCCAGACGACUCCCGACCCUUGAGGCUGGACCUGCAGCAGCUGGUGCUGGGGCCCGGGGACACGCUCAAACUCCACAAUAGAGCGCAAGGCAAAGGAGACCUGAUUAAAAUUAUCACAAGCGCCUCCAAUUACAAAGGAGUCCAAGUGGAGUCCCUCACCGGCCUGCUGUCGCUGACGUACCAGACGCUUCCCGGCUCGGAGGGAAGCGGCUUCAACGCCACGUUCCACGUCGGGAGCUACUGCCCCCCCUGGGUGGGCCGCUGCGGCGGCGCCUCGGGGGGCUGCUUCACCCAGGAGCGACGCUGCGACGGCAAGUGGGAUUGCCCCGAGACCGGGAAGGACGAGGAGGGCUGCCGGGGCUGCGGACGCGACCAGUUCGCCUGCGGGGUCCCCGGCCAGAGGGCGGCGGCGUCCGGCCGCUUCGCCGGCCGCCCCGUGUGUUAUCCGGGGAGCGAGCGCUGCAACUACCAGCUGUACUGUGCGGACGGCAGCGACGAGAGGGACUGCGCCCUGUGUCAGCCCGGAACCUUCCACUGUGACAGUGACAGGUGCGUGUUCGAGAACUGGCGCUGCGACGGCCAGGUGGACUGCAAGGACGGCACGGACGAGCUCAACUGCACCGUCGUCCUGCCGCGCAAAGUCAUCACGGCGGCGACGGUGGGCAGCCUGGUCUGCGGGCUGCUGCUGGUCAUCGCCAUGGGCUGCACCUGCAAGCUGUACUCGCUCCGGACCAGGGAGUACAGCAUGUUUGCACCGGUUAACCGGCACGAGGCUCAGCUGAUUCAGCAGCAAGCACCCCCCUCUUACGGUCAGCUGAUCGCACAAGGCAUUAUCCCCCCAGUGGAGGACUUCCCCACAGAAAACCCCAAUGAGACUUCGUCCUUGUCUCUGAGGGGAAUACUGCAACUCCUUCGCCAGGACGCGGUCACCUCCCCGCACCGGAGACGCAGGCCCCGAUUCGUCCGCCGCGCCGUCCGCCGCAUGAGGAGGUGGGGCCUGAUCCCCAGGCCGCCCUCCAGACCCUCUCGGUCGGCCGGCGACGGCCAGCGGCCGCCCGACGCCGCUCCUCCGGAUCAGGAGCCGACGGGCACGGCCCCCGCCGGUUCCGCGUCUCCCGUGGAGGCCGUCGACCGGCCCGUGCCUCAGAAAGCGAUCCUGUCGUCUCGGGCUCCGUCGCCGCCCUCCGCUUCCCCGCCUCCGCCUCCGUACGCUCCCCCGGCUCCGCCCGCCGAGGCGCCCCAAACGCCCCCGGUGGCCAUCCCGCCCAGCAGCCCCUCUCUGGCCUCCAUCCUCCACACGCUGGGCCUAAGUCUGUCCUUGUUUAGAGCGUCACCGUCGUCCUCGUCCGGCAACUCCAUGCCCCUCUCGGCCUCCCCCUCCUUCUCCUUGUCGUCUUCCUCCGACGACGACGUGCUGCUCAUCCCGCUUUCCGAAGACGCCACCUCAGAGGACGACGUGCCCUUGCUCACUUGACUCACCUCCGUGACUAGUGCCUUUUUUCUGUUGUCGUUUAAUAGCUUUUAAAUUAUGAAAUCAAGUAUUUUACCAUUUAGACGAGCAACUUGAGUGUUUUAGAGCAGCGUUUCCCAACCUUUAUCAAGCUAACAAAACAUUUGAAUAUCAUUUCAGAACCCUUUUUAAAAAAAUACAUAUAUAAUAAUUCUCACGGCACACUACUAAACAAAAAUAUCACAAAAAGUAGCUACACAGGUAAUUAUGUCCAUCUUAAUUAUGUCUAGCAUUUAAUUGUUACUGCCUGUCAUUAUAAAUCACUGGCAUAGAUACAACAACAAAGAUACAUCAUUUGUAGUAAAUAAUGUACAUAAAGCUUUUCAGACCAGUGAUCUGAAAUUGGAUAAUUUCCCUGGUUGGGAACCACUGUUUUCGAGCACAAGCAUGGCUGACCUGUUCGUACGUGUUGCGCUUCACGCGAGAACGCGUCAGGUCAGCUUUUUGCACAGGAGAAUCGUCCCCAUCCACUUUUUGACUUCAUUUGACUGAGGAAUAACAUUUAAGCGUGAAUGCAUUCAUUUGUAGAUCGUCUUCGGGUGUUUUAGAGAGAGAAAAUGCAUCCCCCUUACCUAUUUAAGUGCCUUUUUGGAGGAAUUUCGCAUCGAUGGUUCCCUGAGUUACAGGCUGCACAGAACACGCACUGAUGGCUCGCUGGCAAUAACCUUUCGGAUGCGGGUUUUCGUGCCGUUUUCCUCAACCCUCCCCAGGCGAAUGUGUGGAAAUGUGUUUCUUUGAAGCUGUUUUUUAGGACGCGUGAGAGACACCCCCCCCCCCCCCCCAAUUAAUUUUGACACUUGUGCCAUUCAGAUUGUUAGCAUUAGUUUUGUUGCUUUUUGUUGAAUGUAUCGAAUAGCUCGGAGGUUUUUAACUUUGCAAUGUACUGAGAUGAGUCAGAGAAAGUUUAUUAGGGUCAAUUUCACUGUAUAUAAGUCAAAAAUGUGGCUGCGAUUAAAGGAUUUGCACUUUU